AAGUCCUUACAAGAGACUAACAGAGAUAUCAUUUCAGACUUCAGAGAGAGGGAGAGAAAUGGGAAGAGCUCCUUGCUGUGAUAAGGCAAAUGUGAAAAGAGGACCAUGGUCACCAGAAGAAGACUCAAGGCUCAAGGAGUACAUGGAGAAGCAUGGAACUGGAGGAAAUUGGAUUGCCCUUCCACAAAAAGCUGGAUUGAAGAGAUGUGGAAAAAGUUGCAGAUUGAGAUGGCUCAACUAUCUUAGGCCCAACAUUAAGCAUGGAGAAUUCUCAGAAGAAGAAGAUACAAUAAUUUGCAGCCUUUAUGCUAAUAUUGGAAGCAGGUGGUCAAUUAUAGCUGCUCAGUUGCCAGGUAGGACUGACAAUGAUAUCAAGAACUACUGGAACACCAAACUCAAGAAGAAGCUCAUGAGUUUCAGAAGACAACCCUACCAAUCCUCUCCUCAGAACCCACCAUUAAUAAUCCCUUCUCAUUACAGAGACUUUUGCAGCUCUUACCCUGCAGCAAAUAACACAUCUUUCACAGGACUUGAACCAAUUUCUGUUUCUCCAAGUAAUUAUUUCACAAGCACAAACUGCAUCAGCACAACCUCAAUGUCUCUCCCUUUUUAUAACCAAAACCAAGAACCCUCCUUGGUUAGUGCUUCUGCUAGUCCCAUGCAAUAUCAGUAUCACCCUAUGACAGAAAAUUUGUUCAUGUUUGGAAGUGAAGGAAGUUGCAGUUCAUCAUCUGAUGGGAGUUGUAGCCAGGCUAGUCAUGGAAUCAAACAAGAAGAAAUAAUGGGUUUUGAUCAGAAUCUCAUGAUGUACAACAAGUCCAUUCUUAGUGAUGUUAACCAAUGUGGACAAGAAAGCCCAAAUGGGUGCUUAUUCCAAACUCAAUCUCAGUUGGACUAUGAUUUGGAGGUUAUUAAGCAGCUUGUUAGCAGUAGUAAUAAUGGGUGUUUCAAUGUUGAUGAAAACAAGACAGAGGAGAAGGCUAUGGCUACUAUGGCUAUGUAUAACUACGACAACUGAGUGUAAGUAACUGAGCACACUGACUGGAGGUAAAAUCAGAAAGAUAUGUUUCAGUGAGUGGCAUGGUAGUGGGGGAGAUUCAUUAGAUUCAGAAGAAAAGACUAGUUUGUGCUCCUUCUGAUUCUGGGGUUCAGUGUUCUUUCAUGAAAUUAGACUUUUCUUGUUUUGACAGUACAUUGUAGUAAAAGCUUUUGUUUUGUUUAUAUUUUUGUGAAGUACUACUAGUAAUGAUUAUGAUGAUGUUAGAUUUUAACAA